ACGGGAUGAGGAGAAACCAAACUGUACCGUCUACGGACAUGGUGUAUAUUGGACGCACGUGUAGUGUAAGGGGAUUGGAACUGUAAACAGGCUAUACCAGGAAAAUAAGUAUGAUAUCCUGUUAGUACAAUGUGCAGAACUUCGCAAAAUCUACUACGGCGCGUUUUUAAGAAACAUAAAUAUACUUAAGACAACAUCAAACAGCGAAGGCAUGCUUGUUACUAGCAAGCUGAUUUGGCUCCCUGUGCAUCUGUCUUAAAACACAUUGAUGGCCUGAUGCUCCACCUCAGUGGCCGACAUGGGGAGAGAGAGGAGAUGCAUCCUGUGUCAUACGACACACAACACAAAGCAGGAGAUGGAGGAGCACUUGCGGAGCAUGCUGCACCACCGCGAGCUGGAGAACAUUAAGGGCCGGGACUGUAACCACGAGUGUCGGGUUUGCCAGAUUUCGGUGGUGGGCCUGACGGGCUACGCCAGUCACAUCUCCAGCUCCUUGCAUAAGUUUCGGGUGGCACAGCAGGAGCAGGGCGAGGGACCCAAAUCGGAUGAGGAGUACUUCGACGCAGAGCUGGAGCACCUCGAGAAACAGCGCAGAAAAGAACAGGAGGCAGCCGCCCAAUCGGAGGAGAACAGGCGACAGAAGCAGCUGUUCUGGUCGGAGAGGGCCCCCGCGUUCCAGCACUUCAGGGGGCCACAUAGAGGGGGCUACCCCAUGUUCCACCCAAUGCAGAUGGGCUGUGGCACACCCCGCUGGCAAUUGCGACCAUUUCCUCCUCAAAGGGGCGCCCAUGGCACACACCAUGAUGGAGGGGCCCCUCAAGGGUCGGGGAACAGGCACCCCAGCCAGGAAUUCCCCCCAGGCGGGAUGCCAGGCUUCCCAAAUUGGCCAGCACGGGGUUUCGGGCAUAGGGGUACACAAAGAGGGAAAAAGUGGCAACACCAAAGCUACACAUUCAGUCCAAGUGGACAGGUCUUUGGGUCAUACCCUGGCAAACAGCACAGGCCGUGGGGCAACAUGAACUCGACAGAGAUGAACAUCGACUUCACCAACAAUCAGCUGCCCAUGUCGUGCAGCUUCCAGCUCAACACCAAGGAAAGGAUGUUAGAAGGCUACCGGCGCCCCGAUGGGAGGCAGCAGGCUCAGCCAACGUCCGGGACAGAGAAACUCCCCAAGUUUGGCCAAAGCAGGGGUAGGGCCAACAGCUGUGGGUCCUUUGGCCGGUCCCCACAUGAGCAGGACAAACAGCUUCAGGAAAUAAUGUGGAAGGCCAGGAAGGCUCUUCGGGACGAUGGGGGAACGGGAGAUGUCUUAACCCCCAAGCCACACACAGGGGGGCACCACUGGACCGUGCAGCCCAGUACGAAAAGCAAUCCUAGUACAUCUGCGGGUUUGAAGAGCAUGGGGACCCAACCGGACGAGGCUGGCCAGCAUCCGCAAAAUAGCGUUCAGUCUCAGACAUCCAGCGGGGACACCAAACCAACAUCUCCCCACGCCUCAUCCGUGCAGUCAGUCCAGAUAAGUACCUCCACCAGCGAGGCUUCCCAAGAGGCUGUUCCUGUGGCACCGGAAGGAGGGGUGGAGGGGCUGAGCAUGGAAGCGGGGGAGGGGAAGGCCCAGGAGGCAGAAACAUCAGAGGCAGCCGUCGAGCAAGGGGUAAGAGAGCCCACGACGGACGAGGGGCCCAGCUCUGACAGCGACGCACUGAAGGACGCCCCCACAACACCUGCCGCGCCCCGUGUGCCCAGCCUGAGCAAGCUGGACCUGCCCGCGUCCCUCAAACGAGACCUGUCUCGUCACAUGAGCAAGGCGGGGAUCCACGAGCCUAACCUGAACAUCGCACGCCGGAUCCGCAACAUCGACGGCCAGCGGAGGCCUAUGGCUGAGAAGGAUUCGGGCCUGAAGCCCACCCUGAGGCAGCUGAUCAGCUCCUCGGGCUCCCGGCGCAGCGUCAACUGGGACCAGGUGUACCAGGAAGUCAGCAAGAAGAAGCAGGGCCAGGGGAGGGGCAUGCCCAGGUUUGGAAUUGAGAUGGUGGCUCCGGUGACUUCUGACCUGGAAGUUCACAGCCUGGAGAAGCCUCCUCUGUCAGAGGGCUUUCACUGGGAGGCAUUGGACGAGCCGCACGCUGCUGUCCCUGGGCCUUCAUCUCGGAAACGCAGCCUGUCGGAGAGUAACGUGGCGAGUGGCGACAGGGCCCUCGAUUUUCCACUGGCCACGGGCGGCGUCCCGAGGGAAGCUCCCAGGAAGAGCCUCCAUUUGAACUCUGGGGAACCCAGGACUGUGCCAUGGGUCAAUGGGAGCCCCCUACCCUCCACGCCUCAAGCAGAAGGCUGUCAGAAGGGAGACUCUCAACGGGGCGCCAGUCCAGUGGGCAACCCAGAGAACUCUGUGGAAGAGGAUGCUGGGACCGUUUCGGGAACAGAGCAAGACAAUUCCCAUGGGGGAGGGACUGGCGGAAAGGAUGUAACAUCGACAGUCUCAAAAAAGGUCACAAAGAAGAAUAAAGUUAAAGAGCGCACACCAGUGGGCGAGCUGCUGACGCUCUCCCUGCGGGAGGAGGAGCUCAACGGCUCCCUGCAGACCCUAGAAGACGGCCUAGUUCAGGCUCGCAUGGCCCUGCAGGCUGCAUACAUGGAGGUGCAGCGCCUCCUGAUGGUCAAGCAGCAGAUCACCACAGAAAUGAACUCGCUGCGGGCGAAGCGCAUUGAAAUCCUGCAGGGCAUGCAAGACAAUUAUGAGAAUGGGGCCAGUCCUAAUGGAACGGCAGAGGCCUCUGUGGCGCCCCCUGCUGAUUCAUCUGCUCUGCCCAGCCGGCCUCCUCUAGCUGCCCUCUCCCCGCCGUCUGUCUCCCUGUCCUCCGCGUCACCUGCGGCCAGCAUGUUUGCCCUCAAAGGGCCCUCUUCCAUCAAGCAAGAGUCCCUCUCUCCCAGCCACUCGAAUCCGGACGCCAUCGACAGCACAGCCCCGGGACUGUGUGACCCAGCACCCCCCCCUGCUGUCUCCUCUCCCCACAUGGAGCUCCCUGUACACGGUUCCUCUCCAUCCACUAGUGUGUCGAGGGGGGGGCUUAGUGGUGCUGCUUAUAGGGAUUCUGCUGGGGAGCGGCUGGGUUCUCCUGGGAUGCUCACCACCGAGGCCCAAGUGGAGGCGCGCUCUGACCAGGCUGCUGCGGCCCACGCUGAGUGUCCUGCUGCCGGAGGCUCUGGAAGUGGAUCCCCGCCUCCCGGUUCUCUCCCCACCUCCUCUCCGGGCUCCAAGAAGAAGAAACUCCUGAAAAAGAAGAGGAGGAGGAGGAGGAGGAGGAUGGUGGCGCAGUGUGAGAACCGCGCAGGGAGUACGGCGAGCGACACAGACCAGGAGAUCCUCGAGCCCCCGAGCAAAACCAAGAGGAGGCCAAAGGAGCAGGAACAGGAUGAGGAGGCAGGGAAACCGGGUCCCUCGGAGCUCCCUCUGGGAGGGGCCACCAGCGACUCCUCCUCCUCCCUGGCCAUUGUGGAUAACCCGGAAGCUCCUCCCUGCGAGGUCAUCUCCCUCGACUCCUCUGAACAGGAGGAGGAGGAGCGCAAGGAGCCCGCCCCAUCGCCCUCUGCUGCUCCCUUACCUCAGAUCUUGAGGAAAGCCAAGCAGCGGAGACUGGCCUGCGAUGAGGUCAGCUCCACCAGCGAGCUAGACCCUGGCAUCAAAACGGAGACGCCCUGCAGAAAAACCCGGUCAUCUGCGGGGGGUGGCGAGCGCAGUUCGCAGUUCCAUGUUUCCUUGGAGUCGGAGAGCAAGCAGGAGCCGUCUGAGGGCUCCUUCCAGGGCCAUCAGGCGGCCGUCACUGGCUUGCAGAUCCACGGGGGGUUCCUGUACACCUGCUCCGAGGACCAGACGGCGCGUGCCUUCAGCUUAGUGACUCGCCAGUGCACGGCCGUGUUCGAAGGCCACGGCGCCAAGGUCAACUGCUUGCUGGUGUCGUCCGGCCCGGGGAUGCAGUCCUGCCUGUACACGGGUUCCAGUGACCACACCGUCCGCUGCUACAGUCUCAAGAACAGGCAGUUCGUACAGCAGUUCUGCAUGCUGGAUCGGGUCUUGUGUCUGCAUAGCCGCUGGAAGAUUCUCUACGCGGGUCUGGCCAAUGGCUCUGUGGUCAGCUUCAGUCUGAAGAAAAACCAGCAGCUGGAUGUAUUCGAGUGCCACGGGCCGCGUGCAGUGAGCUGCCUGGCGUCCACGCAGGAAGGGUCACGCCGCCUCCUGCUGGUGGGCUCCUACGACAGCACCAUCAGCGUGCGGGACGCCAGGAACGGCCUGCUCCUGCGCACACUCAAGGGCCACACCAAGACAGUGCUCUGCAUGAAGGUGGUGAACGACCUCGUCUUCAGCGGCUCCAGCGACCAGUCUGUCCAUGCCCAUAACAUCCACACAGGGGAGCUGAAUCGGAUCUAUAAGGGGCACAGCCACGCUGUUACUGUGGUAGCCAUCCUGGGCAAGGUGAUGGUAACUGCCUGUCUGGACAGGCUGCUGCGCGUCUACGAGCUACAGUCCCACGACCGGCUGCAGGUGUACGGUGGUCACGCAGACAUGGUCAUGUGCAUGAGCAUCCACAAGAGCAUGAUUUAUACCGGCUGCUACGAUGGGAGUGUCCAGGCUAUCAGGCUCAACCUGAUGCAGAACUACCGCUGCUGGUGGCAUGGCUGUUCGCUGAUCUUUGGUGUGAUGGCCCACCUGCAGCAGCACCUCCUCACGGACCACGCCAACCCCACUCUCCGGACCCUCAAGUGCCGCUGGCGGAGCUGCGAGGCCUUCUUCACCUCACGGAACGGCUCUAACCAGCAGGACAUCCCCCUGCACGUACAGAAACACGCCGAGGAGGACAGCAGCCCGGAGCCCUAGGCAGCUGAGGCGGCCUGAUUGUCUGUAGUUGGCCUCCGCUGAAGUGAAACGAUGUUGGGGUCAGACAGUCCCUCCCCCCCCCGAGGUCCUUACCCACGUGUCACCUGGGAUGGUGACUUUAUUUGUGAAGUCCUCUACCUUUUGCUUAGCUGCCAAAACUUUAGACUGACCCACCUCCCGAAGAUGUCAACGGGAUGCUUAACAAACUGGGGGGGGGGGUGUAAACUUGGAGGAGGUGCGGUCCCGUGCUGUAUGGAGUUUCUGCGGGCUCUAGUCACUCAGGACCACCAAGCAAAGCAUCAGCAUCUGUUGGGCCACAACUGGGCUAAACAUGGGGCAUCCCCUGUUUGCUCAUCUCAGACGCAAAUCCCCAUGUCGAGGGAAAUAGGCCGCUUCCAAGAAAGGGGAUGGAUGCCUUUCGACAUGGAUUUUAUCUUUUUUUUUUUCCUUCCCCUGGAAGUCUUUAAAGCAGCUACAGGAACAACAAAAAGCAGUUUGUCAUGUGACCAUUCUGCCUUAUGCAGUACAGUAUUUAAGAAAAAGAUGGUGGAAUGUUCCAGAGUCACGUAUCGCUGCACUGAUCACAGUCCUGUUUUUAGCUACUACUACUGGGCUGAAAAUUUAUUUUCAACACGUACUUUAUGCGUAUUUGAUUUUGGAUUCAAAUUUUACCAGAGUAAGCCAGUGCGUGACGUGUUUUCACAUGCUUUUAAAUCCCGAUUAUGCUCCUGCUGAAAGGGCGCUCUCUAUUGCAGACCUAGGUUGUAUGAGUGUGUAUGCACGUGCGACUGAUUUGUUUUGUAGGGACAGAGUGAGAUGUUUUUAAGUGGAAGUUUCAGAGCAGUGUGACAUAAUGGGGAAUUGGCAACUAACAAUACAGCAGUGAAAAGGAUGCAUUGAAACUUUAAAGUGGGGUUGGCUCAGAGUGCUGGGUGUUCACAUAAACGUGUACGCUGCACUGCAGCUGGCCCCCCCUCCCGCCCUGCCGCCUCCAUCCAGCCAGUUACCUUCGUAUGAGUAUUAAAAAACAGUCCAUCUGAACCAGCCACAGCUGUGGUGUCUCUGUAGGGACUCCAUUGUUGUGGUUACCGCUGAUUGUGUUUUUCGUCCGUGGCGGAGAGGUGGCCCCUUCCCCCUGCUUUUGGGGCACACCUGCACCUUCUGUGGAGCCCAUUGUUCUUGUCUAUAAGCAUUUUAUAAGGAGCAUGAGUGACAGACAAAAAUAAAUUUUUGAAUAGUUUAUUUUCAAAUUGA